AUGGGUGAUCCUGUCGAUGCCUUGACAACAAUUUUCACCGAAUCCUACUACUGGAUCACGGUGGUCAUGAUGUUCCUGAUUCACGCCGGGUUCUGCACCUACGAGGUAGGCGCAUCCCGGCGCAAGAAUGUUCUGCACACCUUGAUGAAGAACACGAUGCUGAUCCCGUUGGUCACCGUCACGUUCUUCUUCUUCGGGUGGUACGUCUAUUUCGCAUUUCCCAAUGUUCCGUUCGCGUCCGGCGGAUUCUCCGAUGCGUCGUUUGCGGAGCCGUGGGACGAGUUCAUGGGCGCCCACAUGCAGGACCGCAUCCUUGGUGUGUUCUGGGCGGCGUUCCUGCUCUUCUCAUGGACCACCGCCUCGAUUGUCUCGGGCGCGGUGAUCGAGCGUAUCAAGACCAGCGCGUUCCUCAUCUUCGCGGUCCUGAUCGGCUCCUUCACCUGGAUCCUCGACGCAGCCUGGGGCUGGCACCCGGGCGGCUGGAUGGUCCAGAUCCUCGGCUAUCACGAUGCUUAUGCGUCCGGCGUGGUGCAUGCCAUCGCCGGCGGCUCGGCACUCGCAAUUCUGUGCGUGCUGGGUCCGCGCAUCGGCAAGUUCGGGCCGAAUGGGGAGGUGAACGAGAUCAAGCCGCACAACCCCUGGCUGGUUACGGUCGGGCUGUUCCUGAUCUUCACCGGCUUCUGGGGCUUCUAUGCGGCCUGCAACGUGCCGAUCAUCGAUAUCGGCGGCGAGGCGGGGACCUUCUUCUCGGCCACCAACAUUUAUCUGAUGCCGACGACGCUGUCGGCGAUCGUCUUCAACUUCCUGAUGUCCUUCUCGGGCGGUCUGAUGGCGGCUUACAUCGUCACCAGGGGCGAUCCGUUCUGGACCUAUUCAGGCGGCCUCGGCGGCAUCAUCGCGGCCUCUGCCGGCAACGAUCUCUAUCACCCGUUGCAGGCACUCUUCAUCGCUGCGGUCGGCGUGGUGUUCAUGAUCUACAUGCACCGCUGGGUCGAGCGGCGGUUCAAGAUCGACGAUGCGGUCGGCGCGGUCGCCGUGCACGGUUACGCUGGGUUCUUCGGCGUCAUCGUGUGUGGCUUCGUGCUUUGGGGCUAUCCAGCCGGGAGCCCGAUGUUUGGCGACUACUCCGCGCGCGAGGCGUCGAUCGCGCUGUUCGAAACCCCGGAAGGCCUGCCGCAGAUCAAUCCGGUGGGUCAGAUUCUCGGGGCCAUUAUCAUGUUCUGGGUGCUGGGCUUCCUGCCCUGCUACGUGCUCGCCCGGGUUCUGCAGUACUUCAAGAUGCUGCGGGUGCCGCGCGAGGUCGAGCUGGCGGGUCUGGAUACGCAUCAACUCGGCGAUGCGUAUCCCUACCAUGCACACCAGGAAACGGCGUUCGAGAAGAUCGAGCGUACCUACGCCAAGGAAUAG